UGCUUUAGUCCAAUUGUAAACCAGGGAACUCCACAACAGACCUCCAAGAAUUUUGGCAUCACCUCUCCUAUCAGCUUAGCGGUACCCAAGGAGACAGACUGCAGUCUCACUCAGAAACUCAUAGAGACUUUAAAACCUUAUGGCGUCUUUGAGGAAGAGGAGGAAUUACAGCGCAGAAUCUUAAUUCUGGGGAAGUUGAAUAAUUUGGUGAAAGAAUGGAUUCGUGAAAUCAGUGAACAGAAGCACCUGCCUCAGUCUGUAAUUGAGAAUGUUGGAGGCAAAAUAUUUACUUUUGGAUCAUACCGAUUGGGGGUCCAUACUAAAGGUGCUGAUAUCGAUGCCUUGUGUGUGGCACCUAGACAUGUUGAAAGAACGGACUUCUUUACAUCUUUUUAUGAGAAGCUGAAACUUCAAGAUGAAGUGAAGGACCUACGUGCUGUAGAAGAAGCAUAUGUGCCCGUGAUUAAACUUUGCUUUGAUGGGAUAGAGAUUGAUAUUUUAUUUGCAAGACUUGCACUUCAGACAAUUCCUGAGGACUUGGACCUGCGGGAUGAUAGCCUGCUUAAGAACUUGGAUAUCAGAUGUAUACGGAGUCUUAAUGGUUGUCGUGUAACUGAUGAAAUCCUUCAUUUAGUUCCGAACAUUGAUAACUUCAGGUUAACUUUAAGAGCAAUCAAACUUUGGGCCAAACGCCAUAACAUAUAUUCAAACAUCCUUGGAUUUCUUGGUGGCGUUUCCUGGGCUAUGUUAGUGGCAAGAACAUGCCAACUGUAUCCAAAUGCCAUAGCGUCUACUCUUGUCCAUAAGUUUUUUCCUGGUCUUUUCCAAAUGGGAAUGGCCUAACCCAGUGUUGCUGAAGCAACCAGAAGAGUGCAAUCUUAAUUUACCUGUGUGGGACCCAAGGGUGAAUCCCAGUGAUCGGUACCACCUAAUGCCUAUUAUCACCCCAGCCUACCCUCAGCAGAAUUCCACCUACAAUGUUUCUGUUUCUACAAGAAUGGUUAUGGUGGAAGAGUUUAAACGAGGGCUGGCUAUAACUGAUGAGAUCUUGUUGGGUAAAGCAGAGUGGUCAAAACUUUUCGAGGCUCCCAACUUCUUUCAGAAGUACAAGCAUUAUAUAAUCCUGCUUGCAAGUGCGCCGACCGAAAAGCAGCACCUGGAGUGGGUUGGUUUAGUGGAGUCGAAGAUCCGUAUUCUUGUCGGAAGUUUGGAAAAGAAUGAAUUCAUCACACUAGCCCAUGUCAACCCUCAAUCAUUCCCAGCCCCUGUUGAAAAUUCGGAAAAUGAAGAAUUUCGGACUAUGUGGGUAAUUGGACUUGUAUUUAAAAAGAUGGAAAACUCAGAAAAUCUCAGCGUUGACCUCACAUUUGACAUUCAGUCCUUCACAGAUACAGUUUAUAGACAAGCUAUAAACAGCAAGAUGUUUGAAGUAGACAUGAAGAUUGCAGCCAUGCAUGUGAAAAGGAAGCAACUUCAUCAGCUCCUACCCACACACGUGCUUCCUAAGAAGAAAAAGCAUUCUACGGAAGGUGUGAAGCUGGUGGGUCUGCAUGACAGCAGCAUGGACUUAUCAGUGGACAGUGACAACAGUAUGUCUGUGCCUUCUCCCACCAACACCACCAAGACCAAUCCAUUGAAUGCCUCAGGAUUGUCUCAGGGAAGCAGUCCAGCAACACCUGCGAACUCUUCCUUGACCAAUGUACCAAAUGCGGAGAGCAUCGUGCAGUCCUUGAACAAUUCCUUAGACUCAUCACGGGGUAGUCUGUACGAAAGCAUUCCCGCUGACACUGCCAUGUCGCCAGCUAUCUCUUCAACACCAAAACCUGUGGUGUCUCGGGUGGUGACCGCUACCCGACUGGUGAACCAAGUUCCAAAGCCUUUUUCAAGCAUUGCAGCGAAACUGCCAAGUCCAAUAGGGGGUGUAAAGCGGACAUCCUCUUCUCCGAAGGAGGGAAGUCCCAAGAGAGUCAAAACCGAAGAGGUGAUUUUAUAUUUUUGGUGUACUUUUAACUGGUUCUUCAUGGUAAACCUAGAUAGUAUGUCAAAUUGA